AUGUUCUUCCAGGAAGCCGGCAGAACGGUCUUAUUGCGUGGGGUCAAUCUUGCCGAUGCUAAGUUCCCGCCGGGCCAUCCGACUUACCGCCUCGACUCGUUUGAUAAUGCGGACAAGUGUUCCUAUGUCAAUGCUCCCCUCAAGCUAGACGACGCCGCAGCCCACCUCGAAAAGCUGCGCUACUUAGGGUUCAACGUGCUGCGGCUGCCCGUCCUUUGGGAAGGGCUCGAGCACGAGGGACCUGGCAUCUACGACGAUGAGUACAUCGAUUAUCUGAGGAAGCUGGUGCAAAUAUGUGUGGACCAUGGCUUCAAAGUCGUCAUCAACCCCCAUCAAGACCUCUGGUCAAGGCAUGCGGGGGGAAGUGGCGCACCUCUGUGGACUAUACACGCGUGUGGCCUCGACCCAGAUCACUUCUCUCGGACUCAUGCUGCUGUGAGGUAUAGCGAAUGGCCAAUAAACCAGGACGAAAAGGACCCAAAGGACAUUCCAGGCAUGAUGUGGACGACAAACCACAAUCGCCUCGCCACAUCUACACUUUUCGCUCUGUUUUUUGGCGGCCGUGAUUACGCGCCGAAAUGCCAGAUCGACGGUCUGAAUAUACAGGACUACUUGCAGAGACACUACUUUGCAGCUUAUGCUCGGUUGAUUGAGAGGCUGGGUGAUCUACCUUUUGGUUAUGAUAGCAUGAAUGAGCCGGAAGCGGGAUACAUCAGCGUGCCGGAUCUGAGCAAGAACGACAGAUGCGACACAGCCAAGAUUGGGAGCACCCCUUCGCCGAUCGAUAGCAUGCGCUUGGGCAUGGGCAUGGCGCAGACAGUCCCCGAGUUCCGACUCGGCUCCACAGGGCCACACAAGACGGGCAAGAUAUCGAUAGACCCAGACAACUCCUGUUGGUUGAAAACAGAAGACCCCCGAUGGACUUGGGAGCGUUCUCCUUCAUGGCCUCUCAACACCUGCGUCUGGGCUUUACAUGGCGUAUGGAAUCUAGAGACCGGGGAGUUGUCAAAGCCAGACUACUUUGCCAGACUUCCAGAAACGUCAGCAGCUGCGACAAAACGAGAGAACGAGUCGAGCGGCCAGCUCAACUUCAUUUCGUCGUACUGGCAAGAGUUUCACCAGCAAUGGACGCAUAUGAUCCGUGAGAUCUCGCCACGGGCCACUAUUUUCGUGCAGCCUAGCGUUUUUUCGGCCCCGCCUCCCCGAGAAGAGCCUCUCUCAGCCUAUAGUCCCCAUUACUACGAUGGCUUGACUAUUAUGCAGAGACAUUGGCACGAGAGGUGGAAUGCCGAUGUAGUGGGUCUAUUGCGAGGAAGCUAUAAGUCAAAGGUAUUUGGACUGAGGGUUGGGAAGGACAAUGUCCGCAAAGUCAUCUCGAGCCAGCUAGGACAACUCGCCCACGAUAUCAAGGUCCCAACUCUUAUUGGGGAGACGGGGAUUCCAUUCAACCUCGAUGAUUCCAAGGCAUACCGGGACGGCGAUUACUCCAGCCACAUCAAAGCCCUCGAUGCGAUCCUCAGCGGAUGUGACGACCAUCUGCUCAACUACACGAUAUGGGCAUACUCAGCCAUAAACAAUCAAGAGUGGGGCGACCAGUGGAAUGGUGAGGACUUGUCGAUAUUUUGUAACGAAACAGGAUCUUUCCCACAUCACCCGGUCCUCCAGGGAUUCAGGGCGGCAGCUGCGUGGUGUCGCCCCUAUGCCCAGUCACUUGUUGGGCAGCCCAUCUCAUUGUCGUUCGACGUUCAGUCUAGCAAAUUUCACCUGGAGAUCGAGUCGAAUACUCCGGGCGACGCCACCAUCUAUGUACCGUGGCUACACUACAGGAAAUCAGAUCAGAAUGAAGAACUCGAUCUGAAAGUGACAGUCUCCGAGGGGGAAUGGUCGCUCAAGAACCAGCUUCUUACCUGGCGGUACGAUCGAGGUGGGAGCUUGGAAUUUGAACGAGCCCAAGGGCCUCUCACACCGGAGCAAUUAGGCACUAUCGUGCGCUGA